UCUCAUCACCGUCCUCGUUGGCAACACCUCUCAAGACGUGCGCAACGGUGGGUUCCUCUCUCGUUUCUCCUUUACGCAGAGAGAAGCAGCAGGCCGUUGGCCGCUGGCUUCGUGACGCGGCGAACGCGAAGCAACGGCAUGCCGGCGUAUGGGCCUCGUGACUCGAGAAGGUCCUCACCAGUCCGCGUGGGUGCCAAUGGCGGCGGCGGUGGCAGCAGUAGCAACAGCAGCAGCAAAGACCGCAAAAGCAGAGAUGGAGCCGAGUGGCGGGAAGCAAGGAGAGGUACUCCUUUGGACGCUCCAAGCUCGUUGAGGCCCUCAUUCCAGGAGUGGGAGAUGAGGCAGGUGCCAAGUCACUUGCACCGCUCGAGCGCUGGCAGUGCGCAUUGGGACCAACAACCUCGCCGCGCGUCGAUGCCCGAGGUGGAAACGCUGCGUAGUGCACCCUCUGUCCAUGAUGGCCUUAGGCCUCAGGCGGGCCCCGCACCGCCAAGAGGGGCAAAGCCACCGGCUUUCUACCUUCCGCCGCCCGGCUAUCCCUACGAUGGCGUUCCUCAACCUUCAUGGAAUGGGCCAUCGGACCCGACGCCAAUAUACGGAGGACAGGGAAGCUGGCAUCGGCUCGACAAUGGUGCAAUGGCAUGGCUUCCCACUGGCGAUUCACGUCCACCGACCAGAUGGGUAGAAGACAAUAUCCUUCCAGCGCUUUCUCACAGCGACUGGACCGUUCCACAGGCCAAGCAGGUGUUGGCCAGCUGGGCUACUCUUGCCACGCUGCUUGCGGGCACACAAGCGACGCUGCUGAGCUACUAUCAUCAAUUGGAUGGCGGCACCUUUGCCGUCUAUGGCCUCGCCAGUGCUGGACUCUGCCUCGAGGUGUAUGGUGCUCUCCUUGCCUCUAUCACCAUCGUUUGCAGCAUCAGCUUUCAAGCACCUGACGCUCCCAAGGCCGAGCACCAUCGCGGCGUCUUUGGUCUUCAUGCGUCCGGGUUUACCAGUAGUCGACGGACCCUGAGCUCACCAGGAGGAGCGCCGCAGCCAAGUAUGCCUCGAAAUGUCGACAGAAAACCACUGACUGCACGCACAGCGGCCGUCCUCGACCGUCUGGCGCUCACCUGUGGCUACCUCAUCGUCGCCGGGGCCAUUUGCGAGCUUGCCAGUUUGGCCGCGUAUAGCACACUCUACCAAGAGAACAGCGUCACAAUCGCAAUGGGUGUCACUCUCGGCCUCUGCGGCCUGGCUACCUUUCUGGCUGCCACGCUUGGCUUUCUGCACGGCACCGAGUCGCAGAGAUUCAUCAAUGCAGCCAGAGCGCAUACUAGUGUUGCUCCAUCGGGCUCACUUCCCUCGGCCGCGUUGUCGUCAGCUAGGACGGCGGUGGGCAAUGCCCAUACUCCCAUGCGAUUCCAGCAGCGCGGCCAGCCCCAGUCUGCUGGUUUUCACGAGCCUGUGCAGAGGAAGCACCACCUCUUUUCGCGCGUAAAGGCCCACAGCGACGAGAGCGACUCGGAGCCUGAUCGUCCCUUUGUCUAGAGUUUCGGUUCAAUCGCAUCGUCACAACAGCAGCACCACCACAAGCACCACCAUCGAUACCAAUGUGUUCAAGUCCUUUGUCUCUAUCAUUGUCAAUGUUAGCCCUAUCAUCAUCGUAUGCCAUCCUCCAU